AUGGCGGGCGAUACGUUGCUGAUUCUGUUUUGGACAGUUUUGGCAGUUGUGUUUGGAAUAUAUACGCUCUGGAAGUAUCUUAGAUCUGGGAAUACCAAAUCACAGAAAAAUUUAACUGUUCAAGCCUCUGAAACUGUAAAAGAGGCGCGUUUGAAAUAUUUUAUUGGUAACCAGGAAGUAGUCACAAGCGAAACUCGUGACAUGUCCACUAAUUUUGGUGCAAAAUUUGAGAUUAUUUCCUCGGAAGAAACGAGAGAAGAGGAAAGAGAACCAGACGUAACUGACGCUAAACUAGAUUCUGUAGCUCGCCAGCCUUCUUUGCAGUACACCAAGUUCAUUGACGGACCGAGUAAGAUUAGCGGAGUCAGCCAAGUCGCAGACAACAGUUUCGAUCCAGAAACGGGUAUGCCGAUUACUCGACCACUUAAAACAUUAGAUGAGGCCUUGUCUUGGAGGCAGGGAUUUGACUUUUUUAACGUAGCCUCAGUUCCAUUGAGUGAAAAGGGCAGGAAGAUGGAGAAGAGACCUCGGACUUUAGUGUGUCAUGACAUGAUGGGAGGGUAUAUUUCUGACAGGUUUGUGGAUAUUUUUCACCAGUUCUCCAGUGUAAAUAUGACCUGGAGAUAUUACUGUGAAAUUCGGGAAACCCUGGAUACCAAAAAUAUUUCUGGAGGUCUUUGAGUCUCAAAGAAAAGCCAAUUAAGCAUCAGAAGAUUGUACAACAAACAGUAGUAGUUCAUAGUUUGUGGGUUUGAGGUUUACACUUGCGUGCUGGACUUAAUCGUAAUUGGUUAGUUCAUGACUGACCUGUCAAUCAAAUCAAAGCAUUAGCAGUUGUCACUUUAAAAGGCAGUGAUAGUCUACAAAAUAUUGGAAAUUAUCAAAUGGUGGAUAAUUUACUAAGCAGUUAUAAUAUAUCUGUGGGAGACAUGGUGGCCUAAUGUUUGGUGCACUGGACUCUGGGUAGAGAGGUCCAGGUCUGAGAUCUAGUGGUGAUAUUGUGUUGUGUUCUUUGGCAGUACCUUUCUACAUCCAGGAGUAUAAAUGGGCAGUGGCAAAUUGUCAGGGAAGCCUGAUGCAAUGCUGGGGGGGGGAUAACCUUGUGAUGGACUAGCAUCCAUCCUGGGGGGAGAAGUGAUACUUCUAGUCUUUUUGUGCAAUAGAACCACAGAUAAGCUCUGGCUAGUGGGGCUUCUUGGCUUAGAACAGACUUAACUUUAUAUUAUAUCUACUGUAAUUAUGUUCAACAUUGAAUUUUUUGAAGUUAUAAAAGUCUCUUUUACCAGUUCAAAAAUUUUUUCUUCAUAAUAAUGUUUUUGGAUCGUGUGAAUAAAUAAUGGAAAAUAUAGAUAUUACCAAGGGUUAAAGGGGGUUUUCAAUCUUUGGGUUGUUCUCCACAGCAACAAACCUUGAGGAGGAUAUGAUAAAUGUUGUUUCACAAAAUUCAUGCAAAUUCAUUCUCAUAGGUUUGUACAAGGCUACAGCUCAUGUGAUUGUUACCGGAUAUACCACUGGCAGCUUAUUGAUAUAUUUGUGUACUUCAGUCAUCACUUUGUUACAAUACCACCCCCGUGUUGGACCAAUGCUGCCCACACCCAUGGGGUACCAGUGUUAGGAACUUUAAUCACAGAAAACGAAGAUGGCGUAGUUAGGUGCAGUAAAUUUUUAAAGGAUAUAUCAUCAGUAGAGGCUCUUGUGAAUCAGCUUGUCAAUAUAGCUGAGUAUUAUGGAUUCGAUGGAUGGCUUUUAAACAUUGAAAAUCCUAUUCAGGUAAUUAACUCAGUGCUCCAAGCUGCCAUUGACUCAAAUUGUGGAAAAAAGUUUUGGAAAACAAAUCGAAAGAAAGUGGAGUCUUAAGAAAGUUACUCUGGUUUUGUUGCUUCAUGGAAUGUACAUGCAGGCAGAGUCACCAACUUUCAAAGUAGAGAAUGCUUUGAAUCCUUGCCUUUAAAUUUUGGUUGUGAUAUGGUGGACAUUACAUCUAGCAACCUAAACUUAUGUUUGAUAUUACUCUGGUAUUGUAUGCCAAUCAACAGCAAGAAAUGCGAAAAACUGUUCUUUUAGGAGCCACCAAACUUGCAAAAGCAAUGAUCAAUUUCUAUCAAUUUCUAUCAUUUUGAUGAAGUUCAUGUUCAUUUGCUCUACCAACUUAAAAAAUUCAGAUGAAUAGUGUUGAUUUAUACAAAUUUGUGGCACAUUUUCUAGAUGUUCUGGCAAAUAAUUUACACCCCUGAUUUAUUACGAAAACUGUGGGAAAAAAUGCGUGGUGUAUACUCUAUUGUUUACAGUAAUUUUUCUGAAUUGUCUCGGCUAACUAAUCAAGAUGACUCGAAAUUUUAAAUUGAUUUGGAGUUCUAUUGAGGUAAUGAUCAUAGAAAUGUGUAAUUGUGUUCCUUUUUUUUGCAGCCAGUUCAGAUCAACAAUCUUGAGGAAUUUGUGAAGAGCUUGACGACUGAGAUGCAUGAACGCAUCCCUAAUUCACUUGUUAUCUGGUAUGACAGUGUAACUUACAAAGGAAACCUUGCUUGGCAGAAUGAGCUGAAUGCAAACAACCGGUAACAAAUACUAUUGUUCACUUCUUUUUGGAUAAAAAAUAGCUUGUUAUGUACCAUAUUAACCCUUUAACUCCCAAGAUUUCAUUAGUAAUCCUCCUUACUGUCUGCCAUACAGUUCUUGUGAUGUUAGUUUUGAGAAUUUGGUAUUGUCGAUCAACUGAUAAUCCCCUAAUUGAUAUUUUUCUUUAUUCUCAUCACUUGUCUGCUUGAUAUAGUAUUGAUAUCAAAAGGAGAAAUUCUAUCUUGGUCACUUAUGGGAGUUAAAGGGUUAAAGGUAUCAGAGAGAUUUCAUAUUAAUUACUGAUUUGUUUUAAUUGUUUUUAGUCAAUUUAUUAGUUUGAAUUAGGUGAUCAAUUUUCUGUUGUUUUACUCUCCCUGCAGAAUUUUUUUUGAUGUCUCUGAUGGUAUAUUUUUGAACUAUGGUUGGAAGGAGGCUCAUCUGAUGAGAUCAGCUGCUGCUGCAGGACGGCAACGUCAAACUGAUGUCUAUGUUGGGGUGGAUGUUUUUGGGCGUGGCUGCUAUGGGGGUGGUGGUUAUAACUCAAAAGUGGUAUGUUCAGUAUUGGACUAAAAAAAGAUUCCUAAUAUGUACUUGCCUUGGUACUGUAAAGCUUAAGUCUUGGGCUUGAAUGUCUAAUACAUGUCAGUCCUGGCUUUCAUUCUUGUCCAUCACAAUUAACCUCCCAGCAUUUUAUCAGGUCUCCUGUCACUUUGCUUGGACCCAUUUGUACUCUUGGGUGACAAGAGGCACUGUGAAACAUAAUUAUCUUAAAUUGCCAAAGGGUGCGAUACAGGUACCUGGCCUGGGGUUGAAUCUGAACUUGUGAUUCAGAGUCCUGUGCAACAAUCAUGCAGUUCAAAACUAUAACUGUCAGGUGCAUGCAACUCUUCUCCACAAGCCAAGAAUGUGUACAUGCCAAGUUAAAAAAAAUGUAUUAAUGCUUGUUCAAUCUCUGCCAACAUUCAACCAAAGUUUUAUGUUUUUGGAAAUGUUGUGAACAAUUUAACACAAAUUUGAAAACUCAUUUUAACCAGAAAAGGCUUUUGCUUGCAUUUUGAGCCAGAUUUAAGUUUGUAUAAACAUUUAUAUAACUUCUGUGGUACAAAUGUUGGGCAUAGCUGAAAAAAUUUUGAAGGUAAUAAGCAGGCCCAGACAAUAAGGUCUGAAAAAAGUGAUUGGAUAAGUGCUAAAACCCUUAACUGACUCUCUCAUAUCAAGACAGAUAUUCAAUGAGGAUAUAGCCAAAUUCUUUGAAAUAAAUAAACUAUUUUUUAAUUUGUUUUAGGCAUUUAAGGUGAUUAGAGAUGAGAAGCUAUCUGCAGCACUGUUUGCUCCAGGAUGGGUUAUGGAGGAACAUGGAAGUGAACAUUUCACUGUCAAUAAUGACAAGUAAGGGUUUGGCACUUUAAGAGUGAGUUCAAAUAAACCCUUUACACCCUAACAUCAGUAUGCAUAUUCUCCUUUCUGUCCUCUAGAUAUUUCCCUAUGUUCUGAAAAGGAGAAUUUGUUUCACAAUCAAGAGCUUCUUUUUAUUCUUGUGACCUUAACCUGUGAUUUUGGGGAGAUACUUUAAGGAGAAAUUAGAUGCUUGUCACUCUUAGGGAUUAAAGGGUUAAACUUGCUUUACUUUACUUGGUAAUUGUCCCCAAUCAAGUUCUCCAGAAGUAUAUUAUAUUCUCCAGAAGUUUUAACUACAAAAGAUGGUCAAAAUAAUGAAAGCAUAGGUGAGAUGCUCAAUUCCUCUGGUGGAAAGUUCCAAAAGUUAAAGAUCACUGAUAAGUCUCUUCUCUGAGACAAAAACUAUUUUUUGCACAUAUUUGAGCAUUUUUUUGGUGUAUAAGAUAAUGUACCUUGUUAGCAUGUGGUUGAUAAUCCUAUGGCAGUAGAGCUAAAUUUGCAACACUUGAAUAGUACUUUCCUUUAUCGAAGGAAAGCAUCUUGAGACUUGAAGGAAAUCUUUGUUGAGCAGGUGAAUUCAAGUUAAUUUACCAACACCUGUUAACUACAUCUGAUGAUUUACAUGAGCAUGCUUACUGCAGGCUGUUUAAACCUUUCACUUAAAUAAAAUAAUCCCUCAGCAGCAAUUUUAUGGGUUUUAUAGACUGAAGUCGUUUAAUCCCUCAUAACUUUGGAUCUGUUUGCAGUUCAAAGUCUCUUACUGAUCAGUAGCAUGUGUUCAUUGUUUGUACCAUUAAAUGGCAGGUUUUGGAAUCUUUUGGAUCCCUUUUGUACUGUACACACCUCUUUAAAACAGAUGCCCUUUGUGACAUCCAUGUGCCGUGGCUAUGGAAAGACUGCUAGCAUUGAUGGAAAGGUGAUAAUUACAAGUUGUUCAUUAGUCUGAAACCUGAACCUAUGCUGUUGCCAUGCAAUUAGCCAAUGGUCUUCCAAACAAGUUACAUGGGGUGUCUGGCGAAAUGACAAAUUUUCUGUCACCCUGAGGUUGUACAAUAGUUACCUGUGCACCUCAGAAGUGAGAUGAAAAAUCUUAGUAAUGCAUGGCAGCAUUAUAUUCAUAGUGCAUCAUAACAUUCAUUUGAAUAGUAAUUUGCUUAUUGGUUUCACUGUUGAUGUCUGUAUUUGAUUAAGGCUGUCCUAUCAACACCUUGGACAAACCUUAGUGCACAGCAAUACCAGCCCUCAUUCAAUGAUACAUUCUUCAGUCUGGGUGACAAGGAUGGCUUGAUAAUCAGCUCUGUAGAGUUCACCACUGAUGAGGCAUACAAUGGUGGAGGUUGUCAGGUGAUCAGUGGUUGUGUCAACUCCUCACAAGCCAUAUCCAGGGGUGUGGUGAGGUGAGGCUCUUACCCUUGAAUUUUGAUCCUCCAAAUCAAACUUUAAAUUUUUUUGUUACUGUGGAUGUCAGAUGCUCUUAUAGAUGCUAUCAUAGCUUUAAUUUACCUGAGUGUGAGUCUCAUAUCUUGUUAGUUUAUCAUCCCAGUUAGGUAUUCCUGGUAUAGAGCUUAUAGACUCAAUUUGAGCAGCUCUCUUGGGUUGGGUCCCUUUUACACUUAGUUAUCUUGCUUCAGUGGUUUGAAUGGUGGAUAUCGCUAUCCACUGGAUAAAUCUGUAAUCUAUGAAUAGCACAGCAUGUUUUGUUAAAACUUAUCUUCUGGAUAGUGACUACUUUUGGAUAGGUUCAUAUGCCCUUUGCACAACUGGUGUUAGUGGUAAUUAACUCCUCCCCCCCCCACCCCAAGGAAGGAAUGCAAGGUAAUCACAGUUUACAACUUCGUCAAGCUUGCUAUGGUGUCCAGGUUUCUCUAAUGAACUUGACGUGCCGUCCUGGACAGUGGCCAUAGCCCCCAACCCCGUCCAAAAUCCAGUUGCACAAUUCCUUAUCUGGACGUUGCACUGCCUCGGAUAUGCGAGGGGGGGAGGGAACUUGUGCCACAAGAGCCAUGAGAGAAUUUUGAGUGUGAAGUUUAGUUGUCAGGCCAGUUGUGGUUUCUUUCCAUACAACUUGUUUAAUGUCUUUUUUUGUGUUUGUUCGUUAGGCUGUUUAAAACGGACAUGCUCAUGACAGGUCCUUUUCUGGUGUCAUUGUCUUUCAAGUUGUGUCCAAGUGUUCCCGUGUUAGUGGCGCUUCAGCUUCAUCUCGACACAAUGCCUACUUACAUUCUUCUCUGUCCUGCCUCAUCAGAUGACCAAGGUGUUGUGAAAAAUAGUCGUCUUCACAUUAUAGUAAUUUUCAAAUGAGUGUCGAUGUGUGAUUGGUCCUAAAAAACUCGUGUCACUGUACCAACCAAUCGGAAGCAGAGGUUAAAACCCAUCGCGAGUUGGUCACACACGUUUUCCCGCGCCUAAGACUCGUUAGAUCGUUGCAUUAACCCGUAAGCAGGCCCCUUUUAUUAGCGCUGUGGGACGUGCGUGUCUUCGAACGAGGGAAGAUUUGAGACUAGGGGGCCUGGUUCUUUCCCCGGGCCUUGCAUUCCUCUCACUUUCCUGCCGGCGAGGAAACGCUCGUGCCCAUGACGGAGAGAGGUUCCCAACCUCUCUCCGCCCUGCUCGCGCGUGCUCGCAGGCUAUGAUUUUAUCGAAUUUGAAUUCUCACCAGUUGGUUGUGUUGUGUACCUUGUUUUUCGAUUGGUCGUUGAGCUGACUUUUAGUCUUGUAUUUUUUUUUUACGACGCUCAAUCGAAAGUGGUGUUUUACCAAACAAUUUCAUCAAAAAAUGUUUUGUUGGGUUUUACAGUCAUUGCUCGCUUUAAGAAGCCAGACGAAAGCUGCGGGGAGGAGUUAAUGUAGUCAGAAAGGUUUAAAAAUAUCUAGAGCACAUUUGAUUUUCGUUUUAAAGUGUAUACUCUUUUUUUUUUUUUCAGAUCCUGGUAACUCAGAGGAGACUGAACAAUAUAACAAGCUGAUUCGUCGAUAUGGAGUGCCGAAGUCCCGGCCGUUAACGUCAUCAGUGUUCAUGUCUCCUAUUAGUCAGGAGCAUUAUAGAUUGUUUCAACCUCUGACCGGUUCUUUUCAUGACUCAGUACAGCAGGCUCACGGAUUAAAAGAAAGCAGAGUUGACUGCGGUUCAGAUUGGCACACAAGGUUUGUACUGAGAAUGGCGGAGGGGUUUGUGAUGGAAACCAGGGGCCCGAAUCUUGGAAAAGUUGCAUAUCCUAUUGAUGGACGUUCCUGCUAUUUGACUAAUUCACCGCUAUCUGCCCCUUUUUUAAAAUUUAAUUUAAUUUGCAAACCAUCCAUUCAAGUUAUAUUUAAAACUGUAAUUUGAGGUCAUAAACAUUCACACGCCUCUCCUAGUCGACUGUUCAUCAAUAUGCACUAUGUUAAUUAUGUAUUUUUACAACCUGUGUCCCUGUAGGUACUACCUGCUUGCUGAAAAAGAGUUAGUGGGUCUCAAAGUUCAGGAAAUCCGAGUGAUUUGUGCUGUAUGUCCUGGUAAGAUGACGAAAUUUCAUCCGAGCUGCGCUUGUUGACUGAAAGCUCUGUUUCAUAUUCAUGUUUAUUCAAAUUAACAUUAAUGAUAAACAUUCCCUUGACGCAAAUUCAACGAGUAGAUUCCCCCUUGAUUGGCAGGCAUUAUCAUAUAAUAGCAACUGGAAGUUUUUUAAGAUUAGUACCAUUUUUGGGCAUAGUUUGACGAUAUUCUGGUUUGCAGAUGUAAUGAAUGUAACCGAUGAAGUUACGAUUCAUAGACCCAACGUUUCGACACUCCUGUCUAGUGCCUUCAUCAGGGGUGAUCUAAACGCUGCAACAAGAGGUCCUUUUAUAUGCUAACUGGUUCUUCACCUUUACCAGCAAUAAUGUGCGCAUAUUGUGAGGAGAAAUUUUAUACUGAACCGUAGAUCACUCAUGAGAGUUCAACCCUUCAAAGCCUUGGGGUGCAUCUAAAUUCUCCUUACAAUAUCACCAUCGAAUCAAACACUAAGGGUCACGAGAAUUAAGGAAAUGAUCACCAACUAGAGAAUCUCGGAUCAAUAUCAGUAUCUGGGCAACUGCCCACUUACCCCUCCCCUAACCCAACAUUAACCCUAACUUGUUACCGAUAGACUGUUGUUGGGUUAGGGGAGGGGUAGGUGGGCAGUUGCCCAGAUACUGAUAUUGAUCCAGAAUCUCUUGAUCGUUCAACUAUUUUCCUUUUCAGUUGUCUAUGUUAUAUAUAGAGAACAGUAUGGAGAAUAUGCACAUCGAUGUUAGGAAGCAUAGCGAUAAGAUGCAACUUCUUUAAAAUGUUGCCAAAUAAUUCUAAUGCUCAAAAAAUAAUGCUAAAAAUUCAAACACGGCAAAAUUAAAACAAAUUGAACCAGUUCUACAAUAUUUUUUCGUACACUUAGAAACUCAAGGACUUUUUCUCCGUUACAAUGAACGUCUUUCAUUUUCCCCUUUUUCUUUUCUUGAGUAUCUUAAAUGUCUUUUUACGUGUUAUUUCUUCAUUUUUGUAUUAGUGCCAGUGUAAUUUAACAAAGUUAAAUUUAAUUUGGUUAAGAAAAAAAUUUACCCGCCUUGAUUAGCAUCUGCUAUCAAAGGAAUAUCUUGUAUAUAUAUGUAAGAAAAUGAAUAAAAAUGUUAGUGAAAAAGUGGAUGGUGAUCAUCACAGUGCAUCAUCCUUGCUUUUUCAUGUUAAGAAACAAUAACAACAAUGAUACAAAACAACACAAAAAAAAAAGACAAGAGAGUUAGUACUGUAAUUUGCCAGACAGCAAUCUGAACAUUUGUAAUAUCAUUUAUUUUAGGUGCACAAACUACAGGAGCCUUCAAACUUCACGUUGGAGAAAUUAAGGUGACUGAUUUCCCUUUUUCUGUAGCAGAUUAUCUUUUUGACAAGUUUUCAACUAAAGGAGAGCACAAAAAUGUGUUUUGGAGGAAAUUUUAAGGCGUUCGUUCUUCGCUUCUCUCAAGUUUUUGUCGUUUUAACCAUCUCUUCGUUUUGGGUUUUAUUAAAAAGCAUGUCUUAACCUUUUUUGCUGUCAUUCUUUGUUCAAGAGGAUUUUUCUAAAGAUACUAUCGAAAUAUCAAUUGAUAAUGGUUGCUUCAAAUGCUUGUUCAUUGUCAUUAUAUAACGUAGAAACGCCUCGUGGCUUUUUUAAGAUUGUUACGAAUCGUUCCAUAGGUUUUCGUUCUCAAAAAUCUCAAAGAAUGGACGAGUUUUGAUAUCUUUUUAAGUCAAGGCUCAGAAUGUGUUGUUAACUCUUUAACCCCUAACAGUGACUAGCAUCUAAUUUCUCCUUACAAUAUCACCCUGAAUCACACAUUAAGGUCGGGAGAAUAAUGGAAAUGAUCAACAACAACAGAAGCUCAGGAUCGUUAAGCUAGUUCUCCUUGUCAGCACAUUAGGAAAUGUACAGUGAACAGUAUGGAGAAUAUGCAUACUGAUGUUAGGGUGUAAAGGGUGAAUAUCAUCGCUUUUAACGAAGAGGUCGAUAGUUUUCAUAAGUUAGAGACGUUAUUUGGUUUUGCUCCAUUAACCCUUAACCACUAAGACUGACCAGCAUCUAAUUUCUCCUUACAAUAUCACCCCUGAUUCAAACAUUAAGGUCACAAGAAUACAAGAAAUGAUCACCAACUUAAGAAGCUUUUGAUUGUUAAACAAAUUCUCCUUGUCAGCACCUUAGGAAAUGUAUAUAGAACAGUGUGGAGAAUAUGCAUACUGAUGUUAGGGUGGAAAGGGUUAAGAAAGCUUGCAUCUAAUUUCUCGUUUAAUCAUGGGUGUGACAUCAAGCGUGUAGGUUGUGAUUAUGGCGAACUGAUCUCCAAUGGAGCACUUUUCGAUUGAGUGUUGUAAAACCAAAACCAAAACCAAAGUUAUCAUAACGGCCUAUCAGAGGAAGAGAAAAUUCCCUGAAGAACCAAUGUGAUUUUUUACCAAAAAGCAAACUUUUGAAGCGCGGGAAAACGCGGGAAAACGCGGGUGACCAAGUCGUGAUUGGUUUUUCUUUUGCAUCUGAUUGGUUUAGCCGGAGAGUGACGCGAGUUUUUUGGACCAUUUAUAGAGCAAAUUAAGGCAAAAUCCAGGGAAAUCUUGGAUUACUUUCGACACUCUUUGACACGGCUUUGAUAUUCAAAUUCUUCAAACCUACGUGUAUAAAUCUCUAUGCGGGCGAAGGUAAAGAAUCCGCGUUUGACUUUUUACUCUGCUGCUCUACUUUGCUCCAGAUUAUUGAUCCACGAGUUAUCAAACAACCGAUUGUGUUAGCAAGGGAUCUAAGGUGCCAGGACAUCGAGUGGAAGUCCACAGAGAAGGGGUACCACUUGAGCCUCACUCUCAUGUGGCAUUGUCCGAUCAACGAUGGCCAGGUCGACGAGCCAGCGCACUACAACAUCUUUAGAGUGGCGGAAGGAUCCAAUAUUUUUUUGGGUCGAGCUUUUGUGGAGGCGUAUCGAAUUGGUCAGAUAGCUGUGUCGAAAACAUGUUCCUCUAUAGAAUUUGCUGUUCAGGUUGUGACCAGAUCUGGACGAAAGAGGCCUGUUAGCGAUUGUAGCUACCUUAAGUUGAAAUGGUAAAACGAUUUCUACACCCCUUUGAAAAUCGCCCUGUGUGAAAUAAAUUCGUAUUACGUUUAAAUGUAAUAUAUAUACUUGGAACUGUCAUACCCUUGGCUAAUAAAAUUAGCCAAUUUGCCAAGGAGCAAGAAAAAAUAUCAGAACGAAUUAUAGAAAAGCUAUAGGAAGGUGAUAAGUUAUGAAAAAAGCUGCUAUUACCAAGCUUAAAUUUAAAAGGAAAAAAUAUAGCUUUCACUUUAAAUUUUUAAAUUGAUACAUGAAUUAAUCUGUAAUGGCGGUGGCCAAAACUAAGCUGAUUGAAGAUAUGGCUGAAGAAAAAGUGGUAGGAGCGUUUCACUUACUGUAUUUUGUGGCUUAACCGGCCAAAUGGAAACUACUGGCUCUAUCACGCAUUCUAUUAUUAGGUCAAUUAUCCACGUAUUUUGAUUGGCUCUCGCUUAUUAUCUUAGCUUUUGGAGGACAGACGCAUAAAUUUUAAGAGAUAGACCGCGCUUUCUAUCGGUUUACUGCCGUAAUAUUUCAUUUAAAUCAGGAGUCGAAGGCGAAUGAUUUACUCAUUUUCCAAGUGUUCUCCC